GAGCGAGGCGCGUGUUUCCGUGGUGCCUCGCCGGCAUUCGGUGUUGUAAGUCGAGGUGCCUUUUUCGAUUGUUUUACUUAGGCUGCCGUGCUACGCGCAGAAAUGUUGACGUACAAAGCAGGGGACGAGAUUUUGUCCUCAACGCCGUUCGUCUACGUCUUGGGCAAAGAAGGCCGCGGCCUAGUGUGCGACUUUUGCUUUUUGGAAUCCGGGACCCUAAAGCGGUGUUCUGCGUGCAAAUACGUCUACUUUUGCAACAAGCAAUGUCAGAAAUUGGCCUGGCCAGACCAUAAGGUGGAGUGUGCUGGUCUGUGCAAGGUGUCUCCCAACGUGCCUGACACGUCAGUACGAUACUUCUGCAGACUGCUGGUGAAGCUCAGUAACAAAGAUGCAUGGUCAGAGGCAGACAAGGUGUUUGGAAAGCAAAGGUGUUUUACAGAUCUUAUGUCACAUGUAGAUGCCAUCAAAAAUGACCAGCCACGCUACUUGAAAGAAUUUAAACGGCUAUGGGAGACGAGCAAAGUGUUCCUGGAUGACAAGUACUUACCAGAACCUGGGGUGGGCCUAGAGAUUUAUGGCAAAAUGAUUAUUAACAGCUAUUGCAUAUGCAAUGAUGAACACUCUCCUAUUGGAACUGGCUUAUAUAUUGGCCCAUCGAUCCUUGACCAUUCCUGUUCUCCAAAUGCACAUGCAAUUUAUGAAGGCUGUAAACUUCACCUUAGGGCUGCAGAAGAUAUCAAUUGCAGCAACUUUGAUGGUAUCAGAGUCAGCUACAUUGAUGUGAUGGCUCCUAAAAAAGUGAGGCAAGAAGAGUUGAGAAGCCAGUACUACUUUGAAUGCAACUGCACGAAGUGCAGUGACAAGGUGCCUGAUUAUGUGACAGAGAAGUCGCCUGCACUUACGGCCAGUGUAAAAAAAAAGAUGAAGGAAGUUGAUAUGCAAGCAAUGCAGCAUACUACAACACUCCUGCAGCUGCGCCAAUGGGCUGAAGACCUAUUGAAAACGGAGCAGCUCUCGGACGCCGACUAUGCACGCAUCCACGCUCUGGACCUGCAAUCCAAGUGCUGCCUUGGUUUGGAGGACUACCAGGGUGCGCUGCCACCUUACUUGGCACGAGAGUCCAUCUAUAGGGAGUGUUAUGGGCCACACAGUCCUGUUUAUGGUGUGCUGCUUUACAGCAUAGCAAAGCUGUUCCACGUCACAGUGCAACUAGAAAAGGCUAUGGAGUACUUUGAGAAGGCUGAAGCUGUGCUGGCUGUCAGUCAUGGGCAUUCUCAUUCUCUCUACAAACAUCUGAAGGAAGCACACCACCACUGCAAGCUUGAAGUGGAAAAUCCAGGAAAGGGGGAGGGCAUCACGCUAAAAUUACAAUAGCAGUGAAUACACUCAAGUUGAAAUGUGUUAAUACCUUCUUAUCUGCAUAUUUUCACAUCAAAAAGCGCCAAUUCUUUUUACACAUGUUUAAGCUGUGAAACAGAUUAAACAGAUUUGUUUGUUCAAGUCAUUGCAGAAUUUAAUUAAAUGCACCAAAUGUUUUGACACAUUCCUUGGGAAUGUGUCAGAUGUAAAAAAUAAAGUCAAGCUUGCACA